AUGAAAGAACAAUACUAAUUUUAGUGUCUCUCUAAUUUUUAAAAGAGGUUUUCAAUGAAGUUGAAGAUGAUUAAUAAAGAACUAGAAUAUAUAAAGGUAGUUAUUGAUGGUAAUUGUAAUCCAAUGGUAUUGCACAAUUCAGUCUACUUGUUAUAUAGUAAAAUGAAAUAAUUAUAUGUGAGAAUAAUUAUUUUCAGUUAGUGCUUUUAAAUUUAAAAUAUGGAUUAUGAAACCCUCUUCACAAUUCUUCCCAAAGAACCUAAGAAAUGGUCUUUGGAGGAUGUAUCGCAAUGGCUCAAUUUUGUUGGGUUAUAGUAACUUCAGACAACCUUCACUAAGAAUUCAAUCGAUGGAUCAUGUUUGGAGUUAAUUGAGGAGAAUGACUUAAUAGAAGAUCUAGGAAUUACAAAUAAGAUAGUUAGAAAAAAGCUUAUGCAUUGGCUUAAAACAGGACUGAAAGAAUACGCAUCACAUAUAAAAUCAACAACAUUUGAGGACAGACGCUAUGAAAAGAUGGAAUAGGAAAAUACAACCCUUGAAAAUACUGAAUCUGCAUAACCUCAAUAUGGGUAGAUUAACGUCUCUCAUGAUAUGAUGACAAAUUAUCUUAAAAACAAUGAAAUGUAUUCGCAACAAUUUUAGUAACCAUUAUGCGAGAUUGAAAACAAGCCUCAGUUUUAAAAAAAACAAUAGACAGGCAUUUUAAUUGAACAGGACCUAGAAAAGUUUGUUUCAAAAGUAUAAAACGAAUUGAUCAUCCAACCAACAGAAGGACCAUAAACCAAUUUCUAUUGUAUAAAGGAGUCAGGAGGUAAAAUUGGGAGACACUCAAGCAAUUAAAUUUUAAUAUUGGAGGAGAGCAUUAGUAGAUUUCAUGCAGAAGUGAUAUUUCAAAAUGAAGAAUUUUAUAUCAAAGACAUUGGAUCGACCACAGGAACAUUUAUUAAAGUCGAAACAAAAUAACAAUUGCAAAUUGGAAUGGUUGUUGAAUUAGGCAGCAAUCAAUUUGAAAUUCAACAAGUGAAUGUGAAUGGCGCCAAUAUUGAUGUUGUUAUGGCAAUCAUCGAAGGACCAAAUACUCCUGAAAAACAUGUGAUUAAUUUGACUCCUCAAAAGAGUGUGACAACUGUUGGUCGAAAACAAACUGCUGACCUUACUUUUAGUGAAGAUCAUCAUCUCUCUAAUAUCCAUGCCAAGAUCUGUUUGAUUGAUGGAAGAGUGUAUUUGGAAGAUAUGGGAUCAACAAAUGGAUCUUGGUUAAGAUUAUCAAGAGAAGGUCAAGCCUCCUAGUUAUAUCCAUUAUAAAACUAAACAGUUUUUAAAAUUGGAACUACAUCAACCUACUUAUGUAAAAGAACUACAUAGUUGGUUGCUGAUAGAAGUCAUGAAAAUAGUUGUAUCAUUUGCAUUGAAAAUGACCGAGAUGCAUUGUAUAUGCCUUGCAAACAUAACACUGCUUGUUUGAAAUGCAGUAAAAACCUAAAGGAUUGCCCCAUUUGCAGAACUAAAAUUUAGGAUAUUAUAAGAAUCUAUAAAAACUGAUAUUAUUAUAUAUAUAUAAAUAUUUAUACACAAAAU